AUGAGUUUUGCAAGCAAAGUGGUAAUAGUAACUGGCGCUAGUUCCGGUAUCGGAGCUGCCACAGCGGUGUUGUUCGCUAAGGAAGGUGCUGACGUGGUGAUAGUUGGUAGGAAUGAGGUUAAACUCGCUACUGUCGCAGAAGAAUGUACCUGCAACGGUAAAGCACCACUUGUCAUCAAAGCUGAUAUGUCUAACGAUGACGAUGUCAAGAAAAUCAUUGAUGAAACAAUUGACAAUUAUGGUAAACUGGACAUUUUGGUAAACAAUGCCGGAAUGGGUGCUUUUGGUGGCAUAUUAAGCGACACCGCUGUGAGCACUUAUGAUAAAGUAAUGGCUGUAAAUAUGCGUGCAGUUGUUCAUCUAACUGCAUUAGCUGCACCACAUAUUGUCGAAACCAAGGGCAAUAUUGUAAAUGUAUCCAGUAUAGCAGGAAAGAAAGUUUUAACGGGAAGUUUUCUAUCCUACAGUCUCUCAAAAGCGACUUUAGAUCAUUUUACGCGUUGCAUUGCUUUGGAAUUGGCACCAUCUGGUGUAAGAGCGAAUACGGUCAGCCCUGGUCCAGUUAAAACGGACUUUAUGGAUAAUGCUGGCGUGCCAGGUGUUAACUGGGAUGAAAUGGGCGCAAUCGUAGCACUUAAAAGAUACUCGGAAUCUGAAGAAAUUGCCGAAAUGAUUCUUUAUUUAGCCAGUGAUAAAGCUAAAGGAAUAACCGGAUCAGAUUUUAUUACAGAUAACGGAGGCCUUUUGAGAUAUGAUGUUCCACAAUAUUAA